CGUGUGCCCUCACCCUCGCCCUCCCCGCAGGGAUGGUGGUGGGACCCUCGUGGGGCGCGCCCCUGCCGCCCCCCGCCAUGCCCGCCGCCCUUCGCCUGCUCUGCGGGGUGGUGGUGCCGGCUGCCCUGCUCUGCGCGGAGCCCCUGCCCCGCGUCACCUUCCCCAGCGGGGACCCCCGGCGGACCCUCACCCACUUCAGCCAGGACAACGUCUCCCAUUAUGACAUCUUCCUCCUGGGUGAGAGCGAGGAGGAGCUCUACGUGGGGGCACGCGACUGGGUGCUGGCCCUCGCUGUUGGCACCCCUGGCAGCAUCCGUGCCAAGGCCUCGAUAAUGUGGGGACCCACAGAUGAGAAAACCUCUGAAUGUGCUUUCAAGAAGAAGAGCCAAGAGACUGAGUGCUUCAACUUCAUCCGAGUCCUGGUGGCCCUGAACCAGACCCACCUCUACGCCUGUGGGACCUACGCCUUCAGCCCCGCGUGCACCUACAUUCACCUGGAGAACUUCACGCUGGUGGCCAGUGGCAGAGGACAGUCCUUCCUGGACGGGAAGGGCCAGUGCCCCUUCGAUCCCCAGCACACUUACACGGCCCUGCUGGUGGACGGAGAGCUCUAUGCUGGCACCAUGAACAACUUCCAGGGCAACGAGCCCAUCAUCUCCCGCUCGCUGGGCACCCGCACCCUGCUCAAGACAGACGCCUUCCUCCGCUGGCUCUCAGCCGACGCCGCCUUCGUGGCCUCCUUCAGCAUCCCUGGGGAUGACAAGGUCUACUUCUUCUUCGAGGAGACAGCGGACGAGUUCGACUUCUUUGAGAGGCUCCUGGUGCCACGGGUGGCCCGUGUGUGCAAGAGCGAUGUAGGGGGGGACAAGGUGCUGCAGAAGAAGUGGACAACUUUCCUGAAGGCGCAGCUGGAGUGCUCCCAGGCUGGCCGCUUCCCCUUCAACGUCAUCCACCACGCCUUUGCCCUGCCCCGCCACGACGGCGGCGCCGACUUCUACGCAGUGUUCACCUCGCAGUGGCAGGCGGGCAGGGCGGGCAGCGCCGCCGUCUGUGCCUACAGACAGGAGGAUCUGGAGGAGGUCUUCGAGGGCAAGUACAAGGAGCUGAACAAGGAGAGCUCUCGCUGGACCGUCUACAGUGGCCCCGACAUGAGUCCCCGGCCUGGCAGUUGCUCCAUGGGUGCCUCCUCGGACAAAGCCCUUUCCUUCAUGAAGGACCAUUUCCUGAUGGACGGGAAGGUGUCACCCCUGCAGGGGCAGCCUCUCCUGGUGAAGUCAGAUGUCACCUACACGCGCAUCACAGUGCACGAGACUCGCAGUGUGCAGGGGACCCCGUAUCGUGUCAUGUUCCUGGCCACAGCUGAGGGUUUCCUGCACAAGGCAGUGCAGCUGUCGGGGGGUGCCCACAUCGUGGAGAGCAUCCAGCUCUUUUCAGUGCCAGAGCCAGUGAGGAACCUGCUGCUGGCGCCAGGGAAGGGCAUCCUCUAUGUGGGCUACUCCAGAGGCGUCCUGCAGGUCCCACUGGCCAACUGCAGCCUGCACCGGAGCUGCGCCGAGUGCGUGCUGGCACGGGACCCCUACUGCGCCUGGCACAGCCCCGAGGGCUCCUGCCGGCCCGCCCGCCUCGCCACUGAGAACACGAGUGCGUGGCUGCAGGACAUUGAGAAGGGGAGCCCGGUCACCAUGUGCCACCGCGGGAGGAGCGCAGCCAUGCCCCGCUCCUGGGGGGCACCAGAGGACCCCGCUGUCCAGGGGCUCAGCCCCCCGCUGAACGCCGUGGUCCAGCUGCCGUGCCCCCGCCGCUCCGCCCUGGCCACCUACAGCUGGCAGCAGCCCGACGGUGCCCGGGGGCACACGGUGCUGCAGCCUGACCACACGCUGGUGGUCAUCAUGCAGCAGGGAAUGGCCGGCACCUACAAGUGCCAGGCCACAGAGAACGGCUACACCUGGACCGUGGCUCACUACCAGCUCGGGGACUCUGGCGAGGAUGGGCUGGCGGAGCAGGGCUCGGCCCCCGGCUCGUACUGGCCGCAGUUUGUCACGGUGGCCGUGCUGCUGGCCAUGACGCUGGCCAUGGCCGCCUGCCUGGCCCUCCUCGCCUGCCACGACCAGCUCAGGGCUCGCAGCAAGGUGCGGGGCUGCGGCGCGCCCCACAGCCCCCCGUCCCGCCACCGGGAGAAGGUGCCCCUCAAUGGGGGCACCGGAGAGCCCCCGGCACCCGGAGCUGCCACCGAGGAGGAGGAGGAGGAUGAAGGCUCCCAGGCUUGCUGCCUCCAGCUCGAUGGGGACAUCGACGUGGACAACAACCGGCUCCACGUGCCAGCGGGGGACACGGCGUGACACUGCCAGUGGGUCAGGGAGACCCUGGGGAGGGGGGGUGUGGGGAGGGGUGUGACUGUGAAAGGGUUUUUGUUUUGUUUUAUUUAAUACACCUGGUUGAACC